UUUAGUAGAAUCUUCUGGCGAUGAGGAUCAAUUAUCAAAACCUAAAAAAUAUCUGGUGGGGUAUUUCUGGAUUUUUAGUCUUUAAUUCAACAGAAGAGAAGGAAGGAGAAGAAGAGAGAGAGACCUGAGGGAGGCAUGCACACAAUUAACUUAUAUAAAACGUGGAAAACUGAAACCUAAAAAGAAGGGCACUUGAAAUGCCAGUUGCCAUGGACACUAAGGACACCGAGAUGACAGAGAGAGAUCCUUCGACGGCGGUGCCUCAGCAAGACCCCAACGAUGUCGUGAAAGAGCUGCUCACAUUGGCUCGUCAGCUCAUCAACCAGGGAAAACCUUCUCAGGCUCUGCAAGCGGUUGUCAUGGCAAUGCGUACCCAAGGUGGGGAUGAGGCUGUGUUUCAGUCACUGCACCGUGCUCGAGAGCUGUACAGAAAUAGGUUGCAAGAGCACACUGCUGUUGAUCAACUCGCUGUUCUGUUUGCUGAGUGUGCAAUUGCUGAAGUCCAGCCCUCUAAAGUGGAACCAUCACUGCUUAAUGUAGGUGGCCUGCCAUCCGAUGCUCAUGGAAAUUCAAUACUUGCAGAAACUGGCAGGACGCAAGUUGUGUUGGAUGCAUUCUCCGAUGGGAACAGCUUCAUCUGUUUACAAUGUGGAGGUCUUGUUAGUAACCAUCGCAAGGAUGAACACUAUGCCUACUGGUGUUGCCAACUCUGAUGUGCAGGAAUGUAGAAUGAGUAUCUCCAUGCAAUGCUCCUUGACAUGCUUGAUUAGCUUAGUAUUGCCCUACUUCUACAUUUGUCUACAUAAUGCCCUAGAUUCAAGGGUAUUUUCAUCAUCCGAUACGCCAGAUGUGGUGAUUAUCAAUCAAAACAUCAACUGCUUGAAAAAGGGUUCAUAGGCCCUUCAUUGGUCAAAGUUGGAGGGAUGGAAAAAAUAUACUUUGUUACAAUAGUUUACAAUAGUUAAAUAGAAUGCUUGCACUGUUGUAGUGGUUUCAUAGAAGAAUCUAAGUAAUAAGAUAAUUACAUGGAUCAGAUCACUGUAGUUGUGUGUAACCUUGCUUUUAUCUUGGUGGCAUUUGUUCUUCUCUGA